UUGACGUUGAGCAGUGUCAAUCCCCUUAGUUAAUUGGUAAAUCUGAAGGUAGAUGCUCAAGUAGAGUUAGUUGGCUAUAGGACUGUGUGGGUAUGUGCCGGUCGGCGGCCGCGGGGCGUUGCCGGCAGUAGAAGUAGGUACCUAUACUACUGACUGACUGACUUUUCCGCGAAACGCCGGCGCUCAAAUUCUUUGCGACUGACGAAUUUCCCAGCUAUUAUUAGGUCCAUUUAGUCGAUGUAGGUACUUGUACUAACAUAACUACUUAUGAAUAUAAUUGUAUGUCUACCCACCUUCAUAAUAAUUACGUGUAACUAGAUACUAAGUAAAGUCUUACCUAAUUGUACCUAACCCAGGUUCGAAAGUAGAUUAAUCUUGGCUAGGAAAUUAGGCCACAGCUGUGUUUACUAGCGAAGGUAAAGGAGGUGGUUUCUUUAUUAUUACCCAAUCGAUUCAGUUUAGGUACCUAAUUGUGAAAAUAAUAAAUAUUGCACAACGUUAAAUAACAGUUGUAGGUAUUGGAAGGUUCAUAGAACUAGGUUUUAGAAAUAAAGUUAGUGACAAGGUUCCCAGAGCUACGAUUGUGCUUUGAAAAAACAGUUGAGAAGAGUUAUGUCAUUUAAUUAGGUAAACAUACGAUACGAUUGUCUAGAAUAAUUUACCGACUUAUUUUGAUAAGUGCCUACUUAUAAAUUUCAAUAAGUGUAUGUAAACAUAGUAUAAAUCUACAUGUACUGAUAUCUUGAACACUCUCUUCGUUUUAAGUGCCUAGGCAAUCUAAUUAUAAUUUAUACCUACUUACCGCUGAGAUUAGGUCACUGCUCUAUUGCACUAAGAUAUACCUAAUAGGUAUUAGUAGCGUAGUUAGUAAUCUAAUCGAUCAAGCGCGGGAAUUCACUCUUGCGAAUAAAAUUUUGUUCUAGCUCGUAACCUAUUAUUUACGAACUUCUUGUUUACCUAAGUUACACCGGUCUCAAAAAUAGUCAAAACACUACACCGGUAAUUAAAUAUGACAGCCUGCAAAACCUGCUAUGCCAUGAAAAGAAAAGUGAUUUUGAACCCGCGGCUGAGAUCACUGGGAUUAAAAACUUACAGGUAAAACUCGGAACAAUUACGUAAACCUUAGAAAAUUUUCGUGGUAGGUAAGUAGGUUCUUUUAUUUUAAAAACUUAGACCUUUUAAGGAUUUCAGUAAGUAUUUACUUAUUUUAUAUUAUUGAAGUCUCGAUGUCGGUAACUUAGUUUCUACAAAAACCCACAGUAAGCGACCUAGGUACUUCACUCGUCGCGAUUGCUGGAAAACGCAAAAUAGCGGGAAAAUGGACUCGUGCCACUGUUAUUCGAUUGGUAAACAUGCAUUUCGCGCCACUCAGCUUGUAAACAAGCACUUUUUGCGGAAUCAUUACCUGACAAGCGCGGAAAAAGUUCGCCGAAAUAGUGAUGGGACGCAGGUAGAAAAGUAAUUGUUGUAGUGGAAAAAAUAAUUGUUAUAGUGGCAAAAAAAGUGGCGGGGGAGGUAAUCGCUCCAGACAAUGCCAGGUUUUAUUUUCAUUGUUGUUAGACAAAAAGGAGGACUGGGCCCAAGGCUAAUGUACUCUUUAAAACUGUUCAGUUUCGCAUUCAGGCAUCAGUCUGGUUUCGGUCUUCGUGUGGGACAGUGCGUACCUACAUCGAUAGGCGAGCUGACUCGAGAUCGGGAUUUGUUAGUAAAUACAGGGGGUCAACACCCCUGUGUUUAAAUUACUUAAAUAAUUUCAAUUAUUUUAGUAAUUUUCUGCGAACUUGGAUUGAACUUAGUGGUUGUGCAAUACAAUAGUGGAUCGAUUGUGUUUGUUGUUUGACGUGUUGUGCGAUUUGGACACUUGUGAUUUUUAGAUCGGUGUGCGUGGUGAUCGCGCGCAUCGUUCCUGUGAUACGAGGCCCCUGUGAUAUCGACGAGUUCGUCUUAGCUUUAAAACAUAGUUAGUCUUUAGUCUUACAAAAUGCUGUCGCCGUUGUUUGACAGUCAAGAGUUUCUGUUCGAGGAGGGAUGGGACAUGACCACCUUCCAGCGGGAGGCGGCGGCGCUGACCGACAUGGCCGAGUUCUGGGCCGACGUGGAGAGCGAGGCGCAGCGCCUGGACAUAGUCCCGCCCGCGGACACCAACAUCACGGAGGACGACAUCGACUGGUCCAUCCGCCUGGAGCCCGAGGAGCACAAGGAGAAGCUGGUGCACCACGACUGCAUGUGGGCCGGCUCGUGCGCAGACUCCGUGCACCCCAGCAACACGUUCGUGGCGGCCGAGCCGGUCGCGCCCAGCACGGGGCGCAGUCUGCUGAAGCGGGAGCGCGCGCCGUCACCCCCGCGGCCGGAGACUCCGCCGUCGCUGGACGAGGACGAGCCCCCGCAGUUCCGCCACGCCGUGGACGUGGCCGGCACCGCGCUGCGCCUGCUGCGGGACUCCGCCGCCGUGGCCGCUGACCACUCCUACACGCUCGCCAAGCCGGCGCCCAAGCACCGCUUCGAAAACCUCGGCGUGCAAACCCCUUCGGAUUCAGAAGAGGAGAUCGACGUGGUGUCUCUCGGCGAGAAAUGCGUGGUGGGCGCGCUGUCUUCAGGACGGUCCGAACAGUUGCCUCGUGUGCCGUCGGCGCUGGACCGCCACAACAUCCAGAACUCCGUGGCGGACGCCAUGACGCCGCGGCCGGCCGCCCGCAAGCGCCUCACGCCGCCGUCCAGCGUGUCCCCGCCGCGCAAGCGCACGCGGGGCGCCGGCCGCCGCGCGCGCCGCUCGCCCACCGACACCGACUCCGACGCCGAGUCGCCCGAGAUCGAGCGCCGCUCGCUACACAACGACAUGGAGCGCAUGCGCCGCAUCGGACUCAAAAACCUCUUCGAUGAGCUCAAAAACCAAAUACCGGCCACGAGAGAUAAGGAGCGCGCGCCCAAAGUCGUGAUACUUCGCGAGGCGGCGUCCCUGUGUCGCCGGCUUCAGGAAGAGGACCUGGAGCGGGAGUACCUCAAGAGACAACAGACCAAGCUGCUCACGAAGCUCCGGAAGCUUAGGUCGCAACUGGCGGCCCGCUACCAGCAUUGAGCGCCAUGCGCGCCGCCGGGGGAUCCCCGCUGUCUCGAGGACGGCUGCUACGAUGUAGCUCGCUUACUCUAACACAAGAGACCACCUCAUGGACAUAGGCUCGAUGUGGCGACGACCUGUCGCCUGCACGGCUAAGACUUGUCGUGGCCGCAUCGGUAUUCAAUAUUGUAUCUAAUAGGUAUUUCGAAAGAAUUCUAUGUCUACGGUGAAGUCAUUAAAAUUGUUGGAGUUUGUUAAAUAAGUCAGCUUUUAUGGCUUACUCUGCUUCUGUGAGAGUGUAUUAUGAUAUGGUAUAGCAUAGCAGAUCGAGGAUAAGCAAUAACGGUAAGUUUGUUUUGCUCAAAACGUUUAAUAGUGCAGUGCCAAAGUGAGCCCUAAAACUGUUGUAAUAAAUCCCUAGGUCUUCAGUAAAAUAUCUUAUUAUUACAGACUGUUCCGUGAAACUAGUAGACUGGUUAUACCUCUUAAAAGUUUUUUGAAUUAUCAAUUAAAAGUAUACAUACAUAGUUGACAUAGCUUACAGAUUUACAUUUACCCAGUGUUGACUUGUCGGAAAUUUGACAUUUGUUGUUUGUUUCGAAAAGAGAACAAGAUUUUUUACUGAACCUUUAAAAAAAGAAAAAAAAAGAAGCAUAUAGCCCAGUGAUGUAAACCAUAUUGAACAAUAAUAGAUUGGUCUGUCACUACUUGAAGUGUUGAUUGUACAUAUUGUUGUAAUAUGGUGAGUAGUGACCAUGUUGUUAGUCCGGGGGGGUGAGGAAGGCUGGAGGAUGCGAGGGGGAGGGGGACGGCCACUGAUAUGUUUUCGGCCGGCUCAAGUCGUGUGGAUCUUCCUGUCACUUCGCCGGUCUAUAGUGAUAUCUUAACUGUUUUUUUAUAUUAAGUUUAAGCUUAGGUUACUUUUGCUUAUGGUUUUCAUAGUGUUUUGUUAUUGUAAAUUUUUAACACCUAAUGUUUCUUUUUUAUAUUUAACUCGAGCAAUUAACUCCAAACUAUGUUUUUAACUGUAAUAAGUUUCAACAUUUACAACGUAAUGGACCAUUUUAAGUGAUUUUAAAGUUAAAAUAUAGAUUCUGUAACUGAAUGAAAUAAUAAUUGUGACAAAAUUAAUGCGAGAAAAUUUAUAUGAUCAUGCCGUCAUGGAUAGCAACUUACAUAAUUAUGCUGAUUGCAUAUAGCAAGUUAGGCUUUUUAUCCUAUUAUUAAUUUAUUCGCCUAUAUAUUGUAUUGGGAAUAAAAUGGACGCAUUAUUAUAUACAAUUUGCACUUCUGCAUUGAAUUUUUAAAUUAUAUACAAACAUUUUAGUUUCCAUUAGUCCAUUGACGUACAGACAUUGAAAGGAAAUAAUCUCAGUGAAUUAUUAUCUGAUAUAUAAAAUAGAAAGACUGUGUAUUUUGAUAAACAUCAAAAUCUAUCUUCCGAGUUUUUUUUAUAAAUACUAAAAAGAUAACCACGUUCAUAGUUCCUCAUAGUACUAAUAGUAAAUUUUGCAUUUUCUUAUUUUUUUACAGUAAGUUAGUAAGUGAAGUGAUGAUUUGUCGGAGUGAGACAUCGAACGUAGAGAUUGAUGUUGUAUCAAACACGGUUUCAGCCCAGUGGCUUCAUUGUGUCAGGAAUGUGCCUUGCGAUGUACAUAUUCUAGUUAAAUAGGUUUAAACUCGAAUUAGUUGCAAGAAAAUAUUUUUUUUGUGAGAUAUAAUAUUGUCUUAGUAAGGAUAGGCAUUGUUCGUAACGAAGAGGGGACUCGAGGGUUAAAUAUCCUGUUAAAGAUUUGCAGUUUAUCUUCCAUUAGAGUUAAUGUACAUAUAGGAAAUUGAGUUAGCAUAGAGAUAUUCGUCAUCAUUUUUUUUAUAAAAAAGCGUUUUUUUUUCUAGUAAUUGUUUAGUUUUUUUUGUAACUGGAGAAUAACUGAAUUCUCGAAUGUUGUACCUGCAUUUAUUUUUUUUGUUAAUCUUAACUUGACAUAAAUAAUGAUGUUGAUUUAGUUUUUGUCAGAAGUGAAAGUUUCGUUUAGUUGAUAGCUACGAUUAUGGGUAACCAUGUUAAAAUUUGGAUAUAAUAUUCACAUAAGAUAUAGUCAGUAGAAUGUAAUGGUUAAAGUAUAGGAAACGAUAGCUUUAUAUUCGAUAGACACAGAGUGAAAUAAUAAUAAAACAUGAAAAAAUAUUAAUUGAUUGGCACAUUUUUGUGACAAGGCACAUUUCCAACACUGCCAAAUUAUAAAAUAGAAAUUGUCGAAAAUUUUACAUAGCAACUUGGUUUGUAAAUUUUAAGUCAUGUUAUAGAAUAAUUUUUAUUACUUUUCUUGUAUAGUAUCCGUUAAGAAUUAACAUCUAACUGUAGUUGACUGAUUACGAGCCGGUGGCCUAUGAGGGCUGAUGAUGAUGUGAAUAUUUUUGGGUUGUUCAAUGGAUUGAAGUUAGUUGUGAUUGGAGGCUCGUGAUUGGCCGGCUAGGGUUGUUCCGGGCCGCUACAAAGAGUGCACGGUGCAUCUUGGAUUCCGCCUACUUUUGACAGUGCACUUUGCAAUUUUUGAAGCGGCUGUAUUAUACUACUUAGAUUUUGUGUAACUUGUCUGAUUUUGGAUACUAUAAGAAAUUUAAGAAAG